AUGCCUUCACAGACAUUCUUCCUCCUUGGAGAGGAUGUCUCUACCGCUAAAGAGAUUGAUAUCAAUACUUCACAGGGCAUUGAUGAAGUAAAACUCUUGAUUGCUGCUCAUUUUGCCAUUGUGGAUCAGAGUGGUAUCGGCUUCCAGGGUAAUGGUGCUGUUCUUACGGAGACAUCGGAAAUAGUCGCUGCGACUGGCCCUGUGCCUAUUACGGUUGACGGACAUGCUGUCCGCGACCCACCCUGCCCUAGGACAUUACCCUUCGUUGGAACAUUCUUCGAAGUUUAUCCUGACCAUCUCGGCAACCACCAGCGCCUUUUUGAGAAGUAUGGGCCUGUAAUCAAGACAAGCAACAUGGGUCGUGUCACAUACCAGACGAAUGACCCCAAGAUUACGGCUAUUGCCUUCUCUGAGUCCGACUUUUUCACCAAGAAGAUCAAUGAAUCGCACCCUUUGUUCGCUUUGAAGACCCCAUCGGCUGGAGUAUUCCUUGGGGACACUGAUACUGAGGAGUGGCGGUUAGCCCACAAGUUUCUGCCUCCCGCUCUUGGGCCUAAGGCUGUUCGCCAUUACGCUCCAACUAUGCAAAAAACAGUCGAGGAUUCAUUUAUAGUAUUUGAUUACUUGGAUAAGCAAGGUGAGGCCUGGAAUGUUUACCAGCAUAUGCUGAAACUCGGCUCGCAAGCGGUUGGAAAGCUCACCCUGGGCUUGGACUUCCAGCACUUCAGCUCACCAGAUGCCCCGGUUCAUGAAAUGGUACACAAUAUUGCAGAGCUCCUUUCGCUGAACAAGAAGGUUACCUCCAAGGGUGACUGGUACAGCUCUCUGCCCUUUGGUGACCCCAAGCGCCUCAAAGCCUUGAAGGCCCGCAUUGAAGAGAUGGUGGAUGAAUCUAUUCAGAAGGCCUCUCGAGGUGGAGUGGAUGAUUUACCUCUGCAAGACGCAGCUCUAGCCGCAAGCAACAUGGUUGACUAUGCGGUCCGGGCCACGGAUAACAAGGGCGAAAAGCUACCUAAAUCCAGUCUGGUGUGGGCUCUUGUCGUUGCUACUGGGGCCGGGUUUACUACUACAAGCUCUCUUCUCUCGUGGCUCAUCUACGGGCUUUGUACCUAUGAGGGCAUGCAGGAGCGACUUCUCCAGGAGUUAAUUGAUCACGGCUUUGAUGAAAAUACCCAGAUGACCGCAGAGCUCACAGAUAAAUUAGACUUCCUCGACAAGUAUAUCAAGGAGACUCAGCGUCGGCAUAACCCGUCUUUCCAGCCCGGACGUACUGCCAAGGUUGACCUUGUCCUCCCUGGGGGAUACAAGUUGCCGAAAGAUUCAGUUAUUAUUCCUGCACUUCAUCACAUCCAUAAUAAUCCCGCAAUUUGGGAUAACCCCGCCCGGUUCAAUCCGGACCGAUGGGACACGGAGGAGGUGAAGAACCGCCACAAGGCCGCUUAUAUUCCAUUUGCCAUGGGGCCCCGCAUGUGUAUCGGGUUUAACUUUGCUCUUCAGGAGAUCAAGGUCUUCCUGCCCAAGCUCAUUUACCGCUAUAAGUUUUCACGGGAGGGCGACGGGCCGAUUGAAUAUGAUCCCAUGUUCCAGCUGAUCCGACCGAAUAACCUUUACGUACGUGCAGAAAGACGGGUCAAGUGGCCACCAAGAUCGAGCCAGAGCAACAUCGCCUAA